AUGCUUUCACUACUCUUCCUUCUCGCCGGAUUCUUGUUCUGGUGGCAAUACUCCACCCAUAUCCAUGGCAGCAAACUACCACCUGGCCCAAUGCCGUUACCAAUAAUUGGAAACCUCCAUUUACUAGGAAAGCAGCCCAGCCACCGUGCCCUCUACAAACUAUCCCAAAGGUAUGGAUCUAUUAUGUCCAUGCGCCUAGGCUCCGUCAAUGCAGUCGUAAUCUCUUCGCCAGAGGCUGCCAAGCUCUUCCUUGGAACCCAUGACGCCGUUUUUGCUUCUCGUCCAAAACUCCAAGCGUCAAAGUACCUUUAUCAUGGCAAGGGAAUGGUGUUAACGGAAUACGGUCCGCACUGGCAAAACGUUAGGAAGUUUUGCUUGAUAGAGUUGCUAAGUGCUGUGAAGGUUAAUCGAUUUGCGGGAAUGAGAAGGGAAGAGAUUGGGUUGAUGGUGGGAAAAAUUAGAGCUGCGUCAAAGGCUCAUGAGGUGGUGGAUUUGGGUGAAGUAGCGGGUGGUUUGAUUGAAGGGAUGACUUGUAGGAUGCUUUUUGGGAAGAAAAAUGAUGAGAGAUUCGUUUUCAAGAAAAUAAUCGAUGAGAUUUUGGAAGUGCUCGGCGUUUUCAACUUGGCGGACUAUUUCCCCAUCCUAACACCCUUUGAUCUUCAGGGUUUGACUCGAAAGUUGAAGUCAUUAAGCGAGGAGAUUGACGAAAUGUUAGAAUCGUUAAUAACCGAGAAGGAAGAAUGCAGCGUUGCCACGCUUCAACGAUGUGAUCAAACAAAUUUCAUUGACACAUUGUUGUCUCUUAAAAACGAAUAUUCGAAUACCCAUGACAAUCUGUCAGCUUCGAUUGAUAGGUUAACUAUGAAAGCUGUUUUACUAGAUAUGCUAGCAGGUGGAAUUGACACUUCCAAAACCGCCAUUGAAUGGAUUUUAUCUGAGCUUAUUAAACACCCAAGAGUUAUGAAGGAACUUCAGCAAGAGAUAAAGACUGUUGUUGGAGAUAAACAUAUGGUGGAAGAGAUAGAUUUGGCAAAGUUAAGUUACUUACAUAUGGUAAUUAAGGAAGGUCUUCGACUGUAUCCAAUUGCUCCAUUAUUGGUUCCUCAUGAAUCUAUAGAGGAUGUAGUGAUUAAUGGUUACGAAAUACCAAAGAAGACACUGGUUCUAGUAAACGCUUGGGCAAUCGGACGUGACCCAAAAGUUUGGUCCGAGAAUUCGUCAGAGUUUUUUCCUGAAAGAUUUGGUGAUAGAGAAAUUGAUUUCCGUGGGCCGGAGUUUCAGCUUAUGGCUUUCAACACAGGUAGAAGAGGAUGUCCGGGGAUGAAUUUGGGAUUAAUAAACAUUGGUUUAGCAGUUUCGAACCUAGUUCAUUGCUUCGACUGGAUACUACCAAAUGGCAUGUCACCUAAUGACUUGGAUAUGAAUGAAAAAUCUGGAUUGAACAUGCCAAAAAUUGAGCCCUUGCUGGCCAUUCCAACUUAUCGUAUGGGGGCUUGAUGAUUUUUUAAAGAGGUUACAUGUACAUCAUACGAGUAAUAGUGAAACGUGGCAAGUUGUGAUUUGAGAUAGCUAAUUAAGUCGAUUAUGAGGUUGAUA